AUGGAUUCCAAGAGACCACGUAAAGAUCUGGAAGGCAUCAUUGCCGACAUGGCAAGCACGUUCACAAGGUUUGAGAGCAAUAUCAACGAACAGGGUUACCUUGGUCAUCAGUUGACGGAGAAUCUAAGGCAGACAUCAACCCGUAUGGCAGAGCUUACGCGGCGCGGAAGACACCAAUCCCUGGAAUUAGAAGAACCCGAACAAGGGCCGACACACUUAGAGGAUAUCUUGGGCGCUCGAGAAGCAAUUUUGCCACAGAGAUCCACCGACUCACCUACAAGCACAAUACUAAGUCAGCCAUGGGGCUAUAUUCCUCAACCCGAAGCCAGCGUGGAGGCAUCCCAACCUGAAAUUGAACAGCCCGUCUAUCCACCUUUGGACUGGACAGCCGCCGAAACGACAGCCAAUCUACCGUACGAAACUCCUGGUAAUCCACCAUCCGACUUGCAAGCGCAAGUUCCGAGCUUUUUCAGUGCUCUGGGACAAGAUGCUGAGCUACGUGAUCACCCUCAGCAGCAGACUCGGGACGAAGUACACGAAUAUCGCAUACCUGAUGGACAAAUGCUAGCUGAACUUCCUGCGCCAGGUGACUAUUCACACCACGAAACUUCUUUCACCCGGCGUUUGUUACGCUCUUCUCUUGAAGCCUCCCUACGCAUGCUGUAUAACCCUAGUUCCAGCCCCAGCGACGUGAAGCGCGUAGGAAGGUUUUCAUUUUGCUAUAUGCAGGAGAGGGCAGGGCUGGGUGCGUUGCAAUCCGUUUGGUCUCGACCCUUGCAUGCCAAUCUGGAGUACUGGAACGGUCCCCCCUUCUAUCAUGUUGGCGGAGCAGGCCUCCACUACCCACGCGAAUUCUGGGAUGUGGAUGCAGAGCCCCCGCCAUCGAAUUGGGCGGCCACUCAUUCAAUGGGUCCGCAACCGCUGAGAGACCCAAAAUGGGUAGAGGCGCUUUCUAUGGGCGAAUGCCAGAAGCUGGAGCUCGCAGAGGUGACAGGCGAGUGGUUCGACAGCAACGAUGUCGAACAGUAUUUGAGGACCAAAGGCGUGUUUCUGGACGCUCAAAGUAGAGUUGCCGAAGUUCAAGAGGUAGACGAUGUACCUGAAUUGGAACCAGAGACCAUGGUGAGCCCUCCGGGAAGCACCGCUGGGCCUCGAAGUCCGCAAUAUUGGUCUGAAUCGUUUCCCCCGGACCAGUAUCAGCAGCGUGCUUCCGAACCUGGGCUACCAAGCAACGACCCCAAUUGGUGGAAGACGAUGAGUAACAGUGCCAACCAAAGCAUAGAUGAGAACGCGAUUCAAGAUUGGGACCCGACAAAUUUCGACUGGGGCAGCGUUGAUCUUUCGGAUAAUCUCAGCGAGCCGGUAAAGCCAAAGAAGAUGGUUGAUGUAGACGUUUUCCUGGAAAGUGAGUGCCCUCGAUCUAAAAGAUCUACCGGCGUCAUGUUGACAAGCUUUAGAUAUCAAUCAGACCACAACAUGCCUUGGAAGAACACUUGGCUUUCGCCGGGUCAAUGUGGACAUGGCGUUGCGUCAGGCAACGCGGGAGGUGCUGCCAGACAUUGUAGGGGCUUAGAAUUCUACCAAUCUUCUCUUGCCUUUGACCACUGUUAUGUGACGAUGAAAGGCUAUGUAGGAAACAAGAAGGGAAAGAAUAUGUUGGCUUCUGCAUCAGCUCGCAAAAGCAUCAGGUGA